CUGUUUUCCUUUUGUUUAAGGUGUAGGUGAUAGAGGUGAGAACGCUAUGUUUAUCCCUGUGUGAUCCUCAGACUUUUAGUUUCUUCUGGGACUGAGUGUCAGAAGGGCUUUUGGUGAACAUCAGGGAAUUGGGAGGAAGUAGAGAUGGACAUGGCAAUGCAUGCGGAUAACCGAAAUUCGAGGCUAGAAAACACCAUUGGUGUUGUACAAAGGUUCCUGUGUUGCUCCUGCUUCAAGACGGGUGGGAACGACCACUUGGAGUACAAUCAGGAAAGGUCACAGAAUCCCAAAGCAGUUGUGGAUGAAGAGAACAUCCUUAUCGUUGUUGAAGAUUUGGGAAUAGACAACCCUGGAUUUAGCCUUUCGGAAGUUGAGCACUGCAGUCCACCUCAGCAGAUCUCCAUGGGCCGUUCUGCUAGUUCUGUGUCCAUGUGCCAAAGAGCAGCUCUGAAGAAGAAGCUCGCACCACUCUCCUCUUUACCGCUUCAGUCUAGAGUUAUCCAGAACAGUGAGGACGACUCUACUGUUGACUCUCUGCUGUACGGUUCUAGCAGCACUAAUGUUGGAGAUGGUAGUCUUCUUACUCCACCAGUCAUUAACCUCAUACCUCCGACACCUUCCGACGUAAUAGAUGAUGACCAGUUCUUUGACAUAAACUCAGAAGACGACAGUCUGCAGCAAACAUCAGGCAGCGAAGGAGUGGACAGUAUUGGCAGUGCUGCUAUGGGAGAGCAAGAGAGCGAGGAAGAUGUAGAUCAAGACUUGGAGUCUAAAGGUAAUCAUAAGACCGAAGAUGAAGAACAUCCACAAUUGGAGCCUCCAGAAGAAGAAACAGCCAAGAAGAAGACCAUAGACAAGUCUACAAUCCACUUCCUGCGUAGCACCUUUCAUGUACCCCCUCUUCCUGAAUACCCACGAAAAAGAAGCCUCAAUCCUGGAAUCAGUUUGCUGCAGUUCACUGAACAUAAUCUGGAUGACCUGAGCAAGAAUGACUGCAGCCAUGAGUUCCUAAAGGAAGAGUUGAGGCUACUACCGCUGAGCAGUAAGAUAAGCAUGUUAACACACCAAAAGAAACCUGCCACUAGGUCCUGUAGUUUGGGCGAUAGGGUGCCAAGAAGUCAUACCUUUCACUCCACAUGUCAAGAAAGAGAUGAAAUCCUUGAAGAUGAGGAAUCCCCACGCCAAAGGAGGAUAACUGUUGCAUCGUACAUUCCUCAGUCCAAAGACCACAAUGGAAAAAGUGUAGUGAAGUGGGAUUCUAAUGGGUACCAAAGAGCCAAAUCUUUAGCAGAGCUGAACACUGAGGAGGUUUGCCAGUGGUUUAGUAAUAUUGGUCUACAGAAAUGCCUGCCCUUCAUUAGAGAGGCAGAGUUCAGUGGAUCUCACAUCGCUUCUAUUGAUCUCAACACCCUCGAAAUCCUUCAAGUGUCCAAUCUGGAGGAGAGAGAGAGGCUGCUGUCUGCCAUUUACCAUGAGUUACACCCACCAAACUCCACCACCCAAAGACUCGACUCCCUUCUUGAAAGAUUUGGUCCACACAAUGUUGAGAAAUUCACAGCAGCUUUGGUUUCUAUGACCAAGUCAAAAUCUUCUCCUCAAGUUAGCAGCAUCAAUAUGAACCAAUGUUCAUUCAAAUUCAGACAGAAAGAACAAAAUGCAAGAUUUCAGAAAAACUCGCAUCUCAUUGAAAUCACAGUCAAUGUGUCAGAUCGAACAGUACAUUUAAGGACACCCAAAGAGACAAGUGUGGGGAAAGUGGUGGAGUCCUGUCUGAGGAUGCUGGGAAUUAAUGAAGACAAAGAUCACUUCAACCUGAAAAGCAGCGAAGAUGAGUUCCUCCCUGAGCAGCAGAUUGGAGAUUUGCCUGGCUCAGAGACGAGACUAAUGGAGCUUCACCUAUAUAGGAAGGAAUCACAGAAAGCAGGUCGUUUUUCAUCAGAUAACAACAUAAUUUGUACCACUGACAAUAUUCAGAGCAAAAACCUGCUAAACAACACUGGGAAGAUUCAAGAGCUAAAUCAACAGGUGGCCUCCCUUCAAAACGUCAUCAUACAGGUUCAGGAGCUUUACCAUGGUCUGGUAGCCUUCUGUUCAGAGCUGAAGAAGAUGGAGGGGGAGAUGGAUGCAGUGCAAACAGACAGCUUUGAAGUGAAGAGGCUUCUCAGUGAGGCCCAGGACAGUCUGCAGAAGAAAAGACAGAGCCUUCAAACACUCAGGGACAAUCUUAACACUGCACCAGAGCAGAAGAAUAAGCCAUCAGAGGUCCGACUUUUGGAGAAGAUGAGGCUAAACUGCCAGGUGUUUAAAGACGAGAUCACACUAGUCCACCUCAAUCGACAGGUGGUUCACCUGCGUGAAGUUCUGGAGAAGACACAGGCCAAGGAGAAAGCUGAGAGGAAGAGCCCUACUCUGACUCAGCUGGUCUCUUUGCAGUCUCCUGUCAUGCUGGUGGCCACCCAAGUGAAAGCAGACCCAGACGGUCAUUACGGUUUCUCUGUGGACUGGGUAGAGGGCCAGGGGCUGAUAGUGGUACAUAGUGAGGGUGCUAAUCUCUGCCUGAAUGACAGGCUGGUGGAGGUUAACGGAGUGAACGUCUUGAGGAGCAGUGAGGAUGAGUUGGAGUUGAUGCUUAAGACACACACUGCCCACAUUGUUGUUCUUCGCCAGCUGGCCCAAGAAAUUCCACAGGAAGACCCAUCUGCCUCCACUUCAGACAGAUUUCUGCUGUGAGGGAUCAACAGGACAUACAAAUGCUGCAGAAACAUCAAGCAAUGUCAACCAACUAAACACUGUCCAGAUUAAUACUUUAUUUCCUGUCUUACUGGAGGAACACAUUCAGACACACCUGAAUUGGUCAUAUUUUAUGUUUUAUCCCACUUAUUACCUUAAUGACAUUUGUCUUGAGAAGAGGGUUAUAUAUUCACCCUGCAUUACAGUCUUUGGGUCAUUUCGGGGCAGUUUCAUUUUUUGGGUGACUUCAUGUUUUCGGGUUUAUACAAAUGUUAAAGCCAUAGUCUCAAUUAAUGGGUGGAUCAGUCAAAA